UGUGUGUGUGUGUGUGUGUGUGUGUGUGUGUGUGUGUGUGUGCGUGUGUGACAUAAGACACCAGUGGUUGGGAAAAAUGCACAACUGACGUGUCCUUCUGUAUUUGAUAUGGCCCAUGCGCUUCAGUAGGAGUAAAUGGAACGCGUUUGUGCUUCACUGACCCAAGUCGAUGGUUGUUUCCUUGACAUCAGCGUGGACCUGCUGGUCACUGAAACUAAUAAGUUUUCUUUAAAUGAAUAAUCUGGCAGGAGUGGGAAAAAGUGGUGACUCAUAAAACAAAUUGAUUUCCAGAGUGCUUGACUUACGUCGUCUGCUUAAAUCCAUUAUCUGGGUCACAUGACACAAUCAGACACUUACAGUACCACACAGUCAACAUGUGUUUUAUACAUUGCAAUGUAAAGCACAAUAGCAGUGUGAGGCUGUGGUGCUGGUCUGUUGGUUGGGCCUCAGUGAAGCUCCUCACUGUCUACUGGAAGUUCAACCUUGACAUUUUUGGAUGUGUUUCUCAGGGGACUGAGCUGAAAGACUCACAAUCCCCAAACACUCCCCCACAAGGAUGACUUGUUUAUAGGAUAUCUAACAUUCAGAGCAGUUGUGUAUGUCUCCCUGAGGGUGAAUCCUAUGGCGUCUUUGUGUUUUCUUUGGGCUUUUUUCUCUGCUCUGGUGGAAGAUCGCGGCAUCUGUUUAAUGCAUUGCCGUUUUUCAUUUGCCGACAUGUAAACACAUGGUUGUCGUUGCAUGUCCUGGUUCUUUUCUAGCGUGGCCCCGCUCGUAGACUUGCCGAAUGCAUGUCACAUGUUCCAUCAGCGGGGGAAAAGUACUGUCGGUCGCGAUACGCGAAUGUUUCAUGCCUAGUGAAGAACAUUAAAUCAAGAACAGCCACUGGGCUGCUAAAAGGGAGAAAUUGUGGUUGAAGUGAAUCUGAGAGGCUUUUGAGCUGGAAGGUACAGUUCAGCUGCUGGAAGCUGGAGGCUCCAAAUGUAUCAGAGCCAGUAAUGAUAUGUGGCAAGUGGUUAGGAGUCGAGGAGGUGGAAAGAAGUUGUGACCUGAGGUGGGAAAAGGGAGAGAUCUGUAUGUUCCAUUAGAGGUCUUGGGGUUGGGGGACAGGGCAACUUGAAGCACUGGAGGUAGAUUAAUGUGAAAAGGGGGAAUUGGGUGUGCAGAGCUAUGGAAAGGAGACAUUUUGUCUGUUCUGUCAAUUACGUUUCUGGAAUGUGUCUCUGGGGGCGUGGCCGAAGACACAGGAGGCGGGGUUAACCCAGCACAACGAUAGAAUAAACAGACCCAGAGUGGGAGGUUUGGGGUUAAAGAUGGGUUCUGGGGGAGACGUUGGGGGCUUGCGAGUCCAGAAUAAUGACACAUAAAAGACACAAGGAGGGGAGUAGCAGCAAGCAGACAAGAGAAGGGAGGAGAGAGGAGAAGAUGCAAGAAAGUUCCUUUGGGAUGAGGGAUAAAAGAAUAAUAAGGGAAGGGGGAGAUGACAGAGGGAGUAGUCCAAGAAAAAGGAAAGCUGAGAAAGGAGGACGGGAGCAGGAGAGGGAGGUGGGGAACAAGCCCAGAAGGCUCUUUAGGUUCUCCAGGAUCCUGAGGUUUCAUAUUUGGUCCCUCUCUGCUGCAUUUUGUUCUUACAUAACUGGAAAAGACUGCUGAGCAGUGAGACUGUAUAUGUUUCUCCUGCCAAAAACCAACAUGCCACAGCCAGUCAACUCAUCUGCUUUUGCACAGAGAGAAAACAGGCUGCAGCUAAUCACGGAGCCGGUCGCGCAUCCAGCUGACUUUUCCAUCCCAUCAGUCUUUGCUGAGGGGCUGCAGCGGAUGAAACGUGGCUGUCGCGCUUCCAUCAUUUUCCCACCGCGCCGACGAGCGCUGCCGGGUUUAGUGACGACCCCACGCCGCCUCGUGUGACCUGACAGCUGCUGAGCGGCAGCUCACGCUGUCCACACACAGAGUGAUGAACAUUCAUGCACAUUUCUGUUGUUCGGCCCAGCGUUUUACGACUUGUGCUACUUCCAUGCUUUAAUCAGUCAGCUUUUGUGUGGUGUUGUUUGUACCAUAGCUUCAACUCUACAGCAUUUCCACUGCAGAUUGAACCCUUAAAUUACAGCUAGCUGUGCUAUUAUAUAUUGUUUGGCUUUGAUGGCUGCAAAAAAAAAGAAAAAAUAAUAUUUUUCUUCGGAAAAUUCAAACUCAGCGUUUGACUUUGCACCAGAUGCCGUAUCCACAGUGGACGAAUCAUGUGACGCCGGUGGGGGUACCCCAGUCCCCACGCCUGCUCCCAGCUAUGGAGGGGUCAGGCUGAUGCACAUCUGGCAUUUCCUCCUUCCUCCUCUCUAUAUGCCCUCAAGUGGUCUCACAUAAACUGAAGAAUACCUACACAUCUGAAGUCAAGAGUGAAACCACACAGCCAUAACCAUUUAUGCAUAUGGAAACAGGGAUUCCUGGACCAUAUUCCAAUUUUUCCAAGGGGCUGUAAAAACCUUUAACUGGUGUCGACUUGGUUGAAAGACAGAGAAUCAGAAUCAGAAGCAACACAAUGGGGAAAGAAGGUAACGAGAGAAUGAAAAAGAACUAGAUUAAAUAAAGGGACAAAUAAGCAACAGGACAGGAGACGACCUCUGCAUGUCGUCUAGAUGACAAACUCUUUCCACUUCCAGGAUGCUGCAGCAGCGUCUGAAGCCAUCGGCAAAGAGCGGCGCCGUAUGGUUUUCAUCACUCUCUGAGGGUUUUCAGUUCUACUCUUCUCCCUUUACCAUCCCAACCGCUACAGCCUUCCCCAACACACUCACACAUUACCAGCCCCCUCUUCCAAAAACACACAAUUCUUUUUCCCCUACGUCCCCCCCCAUCCUCUCCACCCUCCCCCUCUUCUCUCUCUCUUCCUGAUAUUCAGCCAGAAAGCCAGCUUUGCAGACGCAAAGUCUCACAUACAGGAGAGUCUCCCCGGCACCGGCAUCCAUCACAUGUAUCAUGGGCUCCGCUUGAUUUUUGGAUCUAACUAAAAAGCAUCUCUUCGUCUCUAUUCUAAUCUGAACUGUGGAUUUUCUGGUACUUCACUGGACUUUAUUUUGGACUGGGUGGACCAAGUAGUUCCUGCGUUUUGCAUAGUUGCUGAUAAAAUCUUCUUCUCUGCUGAUGAAUGGACUCCAGCCAGUUCUGCACUCUAUAGUCUAAAGAGAAAUCCAAGGUGAGGCGUGGAUCUCAGAUGUCACCUUUUGGACUAUUACUAUAAGUGAGGGGCCAGUGAGAGCAGAUUAUUUAUUUACGUGCGCAGACAAGAUAUAAAAAAUAAUCAGGUCGUAAGUUAAGGUCAGCUCGGCAAUCUUCCCUUAGGUUAUUUAUUCUUGUAGUGAAGUCAGGAUAUUAUAUUGAAUGUUGGCCUAGAUUAAAAUUCAUGUGUCGGUGGAUGAUGCAAAAGACCGGCAGCAGCAGCAGCAGCUGGAGCAGCAGCUGGAGCAGCAUGGGUCUCCUGUGUGUCCUGCUGUUAGUCUGCCUGACUCCUGCAAGCCGAGCUCAGAGGCUGAGGGAGACGGAGGCAGAUCAGGGAGCAGCCAGGGCUCAGCUGGAGGAGAGGCACACGGUCUGCCACGAGGAGGGAUGCUACACUGUUUUCCUGCAGAAGAGGACCUUCAGGGAGGCUGGGCGGAGCUGCCGGGAGCAAAGUGGAACCCUGGCCACAAUGCAUACCCACGAGGCAGCGGGUGUGGUCCACCAGCUGCUGUCGGCCAUCAAGGCACAGGGCACCAAGUCGCGCUUCCGCCUCUGGAUCGGGCUGCACAGACCUCCACGCCAGUGUUCGUCCAACCGACCGCUCAGAGGAUUCGUCUGGGUCACAGGUGACCAGGAUGGACAGUUUACUAACUGGCUCCGUGAAGACGCCCCGGGAACUUGUGCAGUCCCUCGCUGUGUGGCCACGACUGUCCACACUUCCGAGAGCGGCCGCGAGAGUAGCGACAACUUCCGCUGGCUCGACGGCGCCUGCGCGCUGUCGCUGGACGGGUAUGUUUGCCAGUACAACUACAGGGGAAUGUGUCCCCCGCUGAAGGACGAGGACGGACGUCCAGCUGUUUACACCACCCCGUUCCACCUGGUCAGCACCGUCCUGACUCACGUGCCCUAUGGAUCUAUAGCAACCCUAUCAUGCCCGGCGGGCGGCUCAAAGACUGUGCUCUGCACGGAUGGACAUGAUGGGACCGUGGGCUGGGACGAAGAUGCACCACUCUGCCCGUCCAGUGCACCUCCAAAGAGCCAGGAUUGGUGCAGCGAGGGCAACAGGUGUGAUCAUUACUGCCAGAACACAGACACAGACUACUACUGUUACUGCGCAGAGGGCUAUACGAUAGAUGAAGACGGGUAUGCCUGCAGGCCAGACCCUCUGGGCCCGACAGACCCCCCUGAACUAUCCUCCGACUCGGCUGGUCCCACUGAGCAGCCUCGCAUCAGAGAUGUUUGUGUGAAGAUGGGCUGUGAGUACAACUGCAUGGACACAGUCAGGGGCACUCGCUGCACGUGCCCCCCAGGCUACCAGAUGGCGCCCGACGGCCGCAGGUGCUCUGAUGUGGACGAGUGUCGACAGACCCCCUGCCCACAGGUGUGCGUCAACAUCCCAGGCACCUUCCACUGCACCUGUCACCCCGGCUACCAGCAGGAUGACGAGGGCGAGUGCGUGGACAUCGACGAGUGCCUGGAUGAGGCCAGCUGUGAAGGCGACUGUGAGAACACUGUGGGCUCCUUCGCCUGCCUCUGCGACCCUGGAUACGCCCAGAACAGUGCAGGCGAGUGUGUGGAUAUAGACGAGUGUGCGGCGGAGUCGCCCUGUGAUCAGCAGUGCCUUAAUUUAAUAGGAAGGUUCCAGUGUUUAUGUGACGACGGCUACGACAUGCAGGCAGAUGGAGUUACCUGCAUGCCUUCGCCUGAUGAUGAAGAAUAUUCCUCUCUGACCCCUGACCCCAGUGACUCCACUCACUCACCUGUCAUGGACCUUGACUCCAUUAUCCCCUGGCUGUCCGCGCUCACCCCUGAGCCAGACUUUGCGGUUGACGUUGACUUUGACGUUGACGUGCUGACAGAAGCUCCUGAAAGACUCCCCCCUGGGUCUGAUAAUCACCUGAAUCAGUGGGAAGCACAGUCACCAAAGGGUUACCAGACAGCCCCGCCCCCAACCCAAAAAUACAACACGGGUAAUGAAAUCAACAACAAGGCUAAGGCAGGAGCUGGCGGAACUAGUGGCGGCGUGGGAUCAGAGACUGCAAAUGGCUCAGCAACUCCCGAAUCACCCGAGGAGGUGUCCCACACAAAGAGUAAAGAGGAUUUCAAUGCAACUGAAGCAGGAUCUGGAUCUGCUGCAGGUAAACAGAAGCAUGACAAGAGCUGGCUACUAGUGGCCCUGCUGGUGCCCCUGUGUGUGUUCCUCGUAGUGAUGCUAGCUCUAGGGAUUGUCUACUGCACCAGCUGUGCUGUGGACAAGAGCCUGAGCUUCUCAGACUGUUAUCGCUGGAUCCUCCCUACGACACCUCCUGACAGGAGGAACGGAAAAACCCAAGCAUGAACUCUAACAUAAGCAAACGCACAGAUGUGUUCAAUGCCCAGAUGUCUGUUAACAUUUCUUGUGAGGUGUGGUCCUGGUCACUGAACAGAACAUACAGUUUGGAUAUAGUACAGCUGACUGGUUCUCCUUCUCAUCAAAAAAGUUAAAAACUAAAUUCUUUCCUUUGCACAACCUUUGUAAAUAAAUAACUUUUUCAUCAUGUUUUUAAAAUUCAAUAAAACAAGUAAACUGA